AUGUUCUGCUUGAUUUUAAUAUUUUAAUGUUAUGCUCGAUUAAUAUUACAAGAACUUGAAAGUUUGAAAACUUAACCUGAAGAAUCUACACUACCUCGAUAACAUUGUACAAAUCAUAAUGCAUAAACUAAAUAUGGUUAUUUGCAUGUUCCUAAUGGUGCAAUAAGUUUUAUUUAUUACUAAGGAAGAGGUCAACAUAAUAUUGUAUAUAUAAAUGGAGGGCCAGGAUUAUCAAGUCAAAUAUCAAAUUUUUUGGAAAUAGGACCUCAUUUUGGGUAAUGGAAUAACUUUAGUAAUUUACUUUUUUUGGAUUUGCCAGCAGGAACUGGUUAUGGCAGAACAAAUACAACAAGAAAUUUAAGUUAUGAAGAUGUUGCAAUAGAUUAUGAGAUAGCAAUGCAGAAUUUUAAUAAAUUAUGUAAGUUGACUUAUGAUAAUGUGAUUCUAUUUUCCACAGAUUUUGGAGCUAGAUUUGCAUUGGCAAUAGCAAAUAGAAGCAAAACUAUAAAGUGUGUUGGACUGUUAGAUCCAUUCUUAGAUACUCUUAAUAUAGUGACUGAGAUUCCAAAUUUUGCUUUUCAUAUGGGUGUAAUUGAUUAUUAAGAGUUAAUAUAUUUUGAGAAAGCCAUAAUAAAGUUGAGUGAUGAUAUCUAUAAUGGUAAUUAUUAACAUGAGAAUGCUAAAUUCCUUAAGUAACUAUACUAUAUGACUGGGAAUGUCUCUCUUUAUAAUGUAUUAGAAUAGAAGUUAUAUUCAGAGGAUGAAGAUAAGUUGGAAUAGAUACUAAAUGAUCCAGAAUCAUUAUAUUACAUUCCUUUUGAGACAGAAUUUUUGGCUCGUUCAUAAAAUGUGUUUGAUUAAUUUAAAUAUAACUUUUUUGAACCAUUUGAUAACAAAAUGUAAACAAUUAAUGAAUAUUUAGUAUACAGCAUUUGCUAAGUAAGAAAAAUAUUUUGGUUUAUUAAUCUUAAUAUGAUAUGCUUAUUCCUCCUUCUGGAACAAUGAAAUGGUUAAUAUCUAUACAAUAUGAAUUGGAUGAUUUCUUUUACUAAAAUUAGUUGAUUAAAUUAAUGAAAGAUGAUUAACUAAUUGGAUUAUAGAAAAGAGGAGGUUACUUAGAAUAUUUAUUUGUAUUAAAUACAGGAUAAGUGAUGCAUAGAGAUAAUUGCAACAAUUCAAUGAUAUUAAUAUAAUAAUAUUUGGAGAGUAUUAUUUGAUUUAUAUUAUUUAAUUAAAAUGGGAUCAUCUUGUUGUGCUUAACAAGUGGCCGAAGAGCAGGAUCAUGAACUAGAGAAUAAAUACAAGUACGAUCCUCACAAAUAACCAGCUAAAGGAGCAUUUAAGAAAUAAAAUGAAGAUAAAAAAAUGGUCAAGUUUCCAACUAGAGUACGAUAAGAAGAUGAUGAAAAAAAUAAGGGUGAAGAAGAAAGUCCUGUUGGUAAUCCAUUAAUUGAAGAAAAUGUUAUUGCACCAGAUGCUAAAUCUCAUAAGUCAUAACACACUUAGAAAUCUCACUAAACCAAUAAAAGAGGAUUAUUUAGCAAGUAGGUAAGUUAAUUUGUAAAAUGCGAAGAUGAUUGAUU